GAAAAACGAUUUAAUACGUUAUUAUUUAAUGGUUUCCCCCAGGGGUUUCUCUCGUCUGUUGAAAAACUGGUUUCACCUGUUUACCAUGAUGUCAGACCAGAGGGAGAACAAGGAAAAGAUCCUAAUUUUUUCACGGAGUGAACCAGUGAAAGGUGAUGGCGUCUGUUUCAGAGCAGCUUCUGGAAGCUCUGGAUGAUCUAGUCACAGAUGAACUGAAGAGGUUUAAAUGGCACUUAAGGAAUCAUAAAGUUUUUUCAGCUGCUGCUCUGGAGAAUGCAGAUGCUCCUGACACAGUGGAUCUGAUGAUGAAGCGUUUUGGACCAGAAAAAGCUUUAAAGAUGACCGUGGACAUCCUGAGAAAGAUGAACCACAACCAUGUGGCUGAACAGUUAGAGAACAAACAAAAGCAAACCCAAGCUGAGGAGCCUGUGCUUGUUGAACCCAGUUCAAACCUGAUCAGGGGUUCAUUCACCAAGAUUGUCCCCAGGACCAGGAAUGACUUAAUACGAUAUUACCAUCGGCUCACUCUGGAUCUGAAGACAGUAAAUAAACACCUCCAUCUGUCUGAAAACAACAGAGUGAUUACAGGUUCUGACUCAGACCAGCUGUAUCCCGAUCAUCCAGACAGAUUUGAUGUGUCUCCCCAGGUGUUGUGUAGAGAGAGUGUGUGUGGACGCUGUUACUGGGAGAUUGAGUGGAGUGGGAGUGCUGGUGUGUAUAUAUCAGUGUCAUAUCAGAGCAUCAGCAGGAAGGGAGGAGGUGAUAAGUGUGAGUUUGGACGUAAUGAUCAAUCCUGGAGUUUGUUCUGCUCUCCCUCCUGUUACUCGUUCAUACACAACAACAUAUGGAAUGAGCUCCAUGUAGGGAGAUCCAUCAGCAGUAGAAUAGGAGUGUAUGUGGAUUACAGUGCAGGAUCUCUGUCCUUCUACAGCGUCUCUGACUCAAUGAGCCUCAUCCACACAGUCCAGACCACAUUCACUCAGCCACUCUAUCCUGGGUUUAAUGUACGGUAUGGAUCAGUGGAACUGUGUUGAUGAAUUACAAUGGAUACAAUGGAGAUUCUACCUGUAAUACUUAACAGUGAGAUGUUAUAGUCUCUUUAUUUUCUCCUCAUUACAUUAAAACUAUGGCUGAACUUUAGUCAAUGGAAUAACAGAAUAAAUUUGUGUAAUCAAUUAUCAUGUAGAAAUAACUGUGUGUGUGAGUCCUGCCGAGUGAUGAUGUGUAUAUGUUCUUUUCUCUCAGCCUUUAUUUGUGUUGAUUUAAAUCUGUCAUGUAGGUUUUACUGUAGUGUCAAUCGUUUCUGUUAUUACUACCAAAGUAUGUUUGAAU